GACACUGGAGAGCAGCUGAUGGUCCCCAUGGAUGUUCUGGAAGAGGGAAACGAGGGAGCCUGGUGGAAGUUCCUGCUCUCGGGAGCCAUGGCUGGGGCAGUGUCUCGCACUGGCACAGCCCCUCUGGACCGUGCCAAGGUGUAUAUGCAGGUCUACUCCUCCAAGUCGAACUUCAUGAACCUGCUGGGGGGGCUACGGAGCAUGGUCCAAGAGGGGGGCUUCCGCUCCCUAUGGCGAGGCAAUGGUAUCAAUGUACUCAAGAUCGCCCCUGAGUAUGCCAUCAAGUUCUCCGUCUUCGAACAGUGUAAGAAUUACUUCUGUGGAGCGCAUGGGUCCCCACCCUUUCAAGAACGUCUCAUUGCUGGCUCCCUGGCUGUGGCCACCUCCCAGACGCUCAUCAACCCCAUGGAGGUGCUAAAGACACGGCUGACCCUGCGCCGGACGGGCCAGUACAAGGGGCUGGUGGACUGUGCCAGGCAGAUCCUGGAGCGGGAGGGCACCCGCGCCCUCUACCGUGGCUACCUGCCCAAUAUGCUUGGCAUCAUCCCUUACGCCUGCACCGACCUGGCCGUCUAUGAGAUGCUCAGGUGCUUCUGGCUGAAGUCAGGCAAGGACAUGGAGGACCCGAGUGGCCUGGUCAGUCUGUCGUCUGUGACGCUGUCCACGACCUGUGGCCAGAUGGCCAGUUACCCUCUGACUUUGGUGCGCACCAGGAUGCAGGCUCAAGACACCGUGGAGUGUUCGAACCCCACCAUGUGCGGAGUCUUCCAGGGGAUCCUGGCCCAGCAGGGCUGGAGGGGGCUAUACCGAGGCAUGACCCCCACCUUACUGAAGGUGUUGCCGGCUGGAGGCAUCAGCCACAUGGUAUAUGAAGCCAUGAAGAAGACCCUGGGAAUAUAGGCAGUGAGCUAAGCGAUACACUUGGGCAGAAAUGGACAAGGAGCCCCCCAGGCUCUGGUCCCAGGGCAGUUUUUGUCAGUACUAGCAGGCUGGGGGCCUGGAUCAGAAGAUGCCUGGGGCCCCCUCCCCAGGAUGCAGCCUGGGACAAGUUUGGACUCCUAGUGGUCUGUCCUGGCUCCAGGGUGAAAUGGUGAAUGUGGAAUAAACCUGGAAUAAAGA